AUGGCCGACUGCGACGACUCUCCCAUGUCCGACAACGAGCAGCAAACCUGGCUCACGCUCUCCAUCACACAUAGAAAAGUAACAUACGAACUAUCCUUCCCCGAGGAUGCGACCAUCACAGACCUUUUCGCCGAAAUCGAAGCCAGCCUCGAUGUACCUGUCGCAAACCAGAAGAUCAUCGCGCCCAAAACUCCCCUCCUCAAAGCACCCUUCAAGAACCCCGAUAUGCCUCUCACAGACCUAAAGGGCAAGGCCUUGACGCUUAUGGGAUCACCGGCGGCCGAGAUCCAACAGGUUCAGGAUAUGGCCGAGCGCGUGGCCCAGCGCAACGCUGCGAGGAUGGCACAACGCAGUAAAGCACGACAUGCGACGCCCCGUCGAAAACCAGAAGAAUCGCAGUAUACCUUCCUCCAAGUGAGACCGCUCCAGGGCCUCCCGAACCCAGAGCGCAGCCAGAAGCUCCUCAUGCGCCUCAAGGAAGACCCUGGCAUUCGCGCCACCAUGACAAAACAUAAGUUCACCGUCGGAAUCCUUACAGAGAUGGAACCUCUUUCGAACACGCAGACGACGCACGAGGGCACGAGUCGACUCCUCGGUUUGAACCGAAAUAAUGGCGAGGCGAUCGAACUGCGCUUGCGAACCGAUGCACAUGAUGGAUAUCGCGAUUACAAGACCAUUCGCAAAACGCUGUGCCACGAACUAGCACACAACGUGCACAGUCCGCAUAAUAGAGAUUUCUGGGACCUCUGUCACCAGAUUGAGCGCGAGGUCGAUGCUGCGGAUUGGAAGUCUGGCGGACACACCAUCGGUGAGACGUCGCGGUAUACCAUCUCUGGAAAUGACGAAGACGAUGAGGAGGAUUACCCUGAGGAUUUCGGCGGUUGGACAGGUGGUGAGUUUGUGCUAGGCGGUACCAACUCGAGUGGUUCUGCUGCUGGAUUGAGUAGGAGAGAAGUCCUCGCGCAAGCAGCUCUUGAAAGACAGCGGAAGCAAGUUGAGACGGAGCGCAAGGUAUUGGAGGAGCAACGAGGACGACAGACACCACCCGGUGAUGAGUCCAAGCAAUGA